ACUGUACUGUGGAUGUGGCUGCAACACCGGGAGAAGAGCAGCGAGCGAUCUUCUUUGCACAAACACCAUUCCACCCAACACAUCUUUCAAUACCUUAGCUUUCAAGAGCUGGGGCUCCCCUAUUAAAACAAGGUAUUAAGUACCGAAAUACCUAAGGUUACCUACCUACCUAUCAGCCUACCUAUACCUAUUGGCCAUGGGAGCUUGGAGCUUCAUGCGGAAAUAGACGAGGCAGGGAAACAUCCACAUCCACAUCCACAUCCACAUCCACAUCCACAUCCACAUCCACAUCCACAUCCACAUCCACAUCCACACAUACAAUCUGGGUAUCGACCAGUGCCAAUGUCCCACAUUCCACAUUGGAGGGUUUCGCUGUGCCUGUUUGUUAAUUGAUUGAUUGAUUGAUUGAUGAAUAGAUGAAUGGAUGGAUGGAUCCUUUGCAAGUGGAUCCUUGAUUGCAGGUGCCCAGCUUGGACGUACAGUAUGUAAGCGAGUCAAGUCUUGACGUCCUUCAUUCUACAGUACGAGUACUACUGCUGGCAUGCUGCUGCUGCUGCUGCUGUAAGUACGGCCCGAUCCGCUGAUCAUCCAGGGGUUGCAUACAACUGCAGCCAAGCUCAAAAGCGAAACAAAUCCCUCUCCGAGUCCCCACCCCCCAUCCCAUCUGAACCUCCACCUCCACCUCCACCUCCAGAUCGGAACGCAUUCAAUUGCACUGCACUGCACUGCACUGCACUGCACCUGCAGUUGCCCCACCUUCAUUCAAUAUGCGGACAUCCAAGAUCUCUCAAGAAACCUCAAAACUCCUGAAUGCAACAUCAGUCUCGCCACGACGAAGCACCAGAAACUCCAUCUCGCGAUUCGCCCACAGCCUCAAUGGCAAUGGCCAUGUCAAGGAUGAGGACUUCGAGGAACCUUUGGACAUAGAAGAUGUGAUCCCUUCGCGAAAGCGCAAGCGUCCUACCCCUCGGACCCCCACGAAGUUGUCACCAAGCAAAAUAAGAGUCAAGACCGAGAUCGAAGAGACAAUCGCAUUCUCUCCUGCGAAAGAGCGCAAGGUCCGAAAGCCUGCUCGCAAAUUCAAGAAUGAGGAGACCGGCGAUAUUGAGAUUCAUCCGCCGAACGAUUGGGCUGAGGUUUAUGCUGUUGUAAAAGAGAUGCGGACGUCCGGUGCUGCACAACAUGCUGCUGUGGAUACGAUGGGCUGCGAAAGGUUGGCACAAGAGACUGUGUCGCCGAAAGUGAAGAGAUUCCACACCCUUAUAGCCUUGAUGCUGUCCUCGCAGACGAAAGAUACCACGAAUUUCCAAGCCAUGAAUAGACUAUACACCGAACUGCCGCCGUACAAGGAGGGGGCGCCAGGUGGGUUGAAUCUGGAGAACAUUCUGGCCGUUGAUCCGAAGCUCUUGAAUGAGUUGAUCUGGGCGGUUGGAUUCCACAACAACAAGACCAAGUACAUUAAAGCCACGGCAGAUAUUUUGAGAGAUCAGUACGAUGGGGAUAUACCGGACACGAUUGAAGGGUUGAUGGCACUUCCUGGCGUGGGACCGAAGAUGGGAUAUCUGUGUUUGAGCGUCGCCUGGGGAAAACAUGAGGGGAUUGGCGUUGACGUACAUGUCCACCGUAUUACGAAUCUCUGGGGAUGGCAUAAGACGAAGGGGCCGGAGGAAUCAAGGUUGGCAUUACAGGCUUGGUUGCCCAAAGAGUUCUGGCAUGAGAUUAAUUGGGUGUUAGUAGGAUUGGGACAGACUGUCUGUCUUCCUGUUGGACGAAAGUGUGGUGAGUGUGAGCUGGGGCUGAGGGGCCUUUGUAAGGCUGCUGAGAGGGGCAAGGUUACUAUUGGGAGGAAAUUGAAGCAGGAGAGCAUUAAGGACGAGCUGAAGACAGAGGUUGUUAAGGCUGAGCUGACUGAGGGUGAGGUUGUGGUUAAUGCUGAUCCUGAGAAGGAUGUGAAGAUAUUGAAUCGUGUGGAUGGAGAGACUGCAUAAUUUCGACAGUGGCAAGUGUAAAUAUGUAUAUCAUCUGGAGUAUAUAAUAUCCGUAAUAUUGAUGUGGUGGGAGACAUGCUCUUUUUGACUUGCUUGGCUUCGUUCUGCAUCGGCUUUAAUGAGGACAAGAUCCAGAUCAACAGCGAAGUACGCACGCGCUCUCUCUGCAAUCUUACACAACCUUGUUUAUUAAAUGCUCACCUUUGAUAUACUUGUAUUUACAUACGUCGAUCCGCUAUUCUUGCAUCUAUACAGUUAUGCGGAAACACUGGC